AUGGAAUCAGCCAUUGAACGCGUGUCGAAAAAAUCGCUGCGAGACAUCAAAUUGUUUCUGGAAAAAUCGCGCGCAGAUUAUGACGAUGUCGCGUUUUUCGACGAAUUGUCGAGGAUCGUCGAGAACUCGUCGUUGAAGACGAAACUCGCCGCUCUGAUAUACUUGAAGGAUUUGGAUAUGAAACAAGAAGCUGUGCGAGUUCUAGUCAAGAAUAUUCUUAUUCUGAUGGUGAAGGAGAAGAACACGACGGCGAUUGAUGUCGUGUUCAACUACAUGAAGAUGUACGCUGGCUAUCUGAAGAGAUCGUUGACUCCAUGCGAAAUUGGAGAAAUCACGCGAGAAGCGAUAUUCAGCUUCCAUCGAAAUGACAGCGAGAAAUAUGAAAUAUUGUUCAACUACGUGAAAGAUAAUAGACGGAUAAAUUGGAUAUUUGAUGAUGCUAUCAAAUGCCAAUUAGACAUGCUAUUCGAGAGUAAAGUCAAACUGCAUUACAAGGAUUGUUUGGAUUUUCCGGAGCUUCAUGCUCUCCAGCUUCUGAUCCGACUUCAACACAAAUUCGAUGCUUCGAGUUUCCACGCAAUCUUUUUCCAAUCGUUUCCAACGAUUCUGAGAAACGCUAGCCUGAAUUGGAAGGAUAAUGCGUUCACGAAGGCGAUGAGCCGACUUCUCGUAAAACUCGACGCCAACCUUAUUUAUAAUUGUCUUUAUAAGACGUGCGAGACGAAUUUAGUGAAAAUCGAUGAGCUUGUGGAUGGCGUCAAAUUAGUUUCCCAGAUUCUGAUCGGCGUCAUGAACCCAAUGUCGUCUGUCGAAAGAAACUACGAGAAGCAGUUCAAAUUGGUGAACUUGCUCGUCAAACACGUUAACAAUGACUACGUUUUCGAAACAUGCAAUAUGGAAAAUAUCAAGGAUAUCAAUCGCAGUAUAUGCACUUUUGUUCAAUAUUUUGAGGAAAUCAAAAGUCGUGAUGAAAUUCGCGGGAAAUUGAUGAAACUCUUCAUCAAAUCGAUUCUGACACUCUGCGAAUAUUAUUCGAAAAACCCUCGGCCGGAAAUGUAUGAGAUGUUCGGAUUUGCCGAAUGGAUCAUCGUCAACAUUGUUGGCAAAUAUCCGAAUUACACUGAUACGGAAUUAUACCAGGAGAAGUUUUUGAUGCAGCGUCUUCUCAGAAGUAUGAUGAAGAUAAUCGAUAUAGAUGAAUGGAUGAAAUCGGUGAAAAGCGGAAACUUCGAUUAUUACGAUUUCGAAGCCAGAAAAAGCCUAUUAUGGGUGAUCUGUGGGCUGUACCAACAAUGCCUCGAAGCUCGAGCUCAUAUCGACAAAGUUCUGAAUUUCGACUUUUAUCGGCCAAGUAGUACACCGCUAUUCCGAGAAUUAUUGAGCUACGAUGAUAAGAAAUAUAUAAAAGACUCGAGAAUCUUGGAAAAAGGCGCCGAAUUGUUGUGGGAGGCUUUCAAGCAGCUCAAAUUGAUGGAUGGUCUACAAUCAAUUGUGCAAUUUAUUGGAGAUCAGCGGCUGAUGGCCGAACCACAAGAUGAUGCUCCGACGCCGAUUAAACAACAAAUUGUCAAACUCAAUGUUGGUGGAAGGCAUUUCUCAACGAGCGCGAAUACAUUGAACUGGAUCCCAGACACGUUUUUCACAAGCCUUCUCAGUGGUCGAAUGCACACGGUUUGCGAUGAGAGCGGAGCAAUUUUCAUCGAUCGCGAUCCCGACGUCUUCAAAGUGAUACUGAAUUAUCUCCGAACGAAGCAAGUCGAUUUGAGCUCUAUCAGCGUUUCGACUUUAAAGCAUGAAGCGCAAUUCUUCGGAUUAACGCCGCUCAUAAGAAGGCUGACGUUAUGUGAAGAGCUCGAUGUUUCUUCUUGCGGAUCAGUGCUGUUCCAUGGAAUGCUCAGCCCGCCCGACCUUCCAUUUGCAGCGUUAUCCGAAGAAUAUGAAAAGAAGGAGGGCCCCAGGAAGAAGGUGUCGUAUGAAUUGAGCAGGUGUUUGAAGAAUGAGCUCAGUCGGCUUGCUGAUUCCAAGACAAUGCUUGAUCCAGUAAGAGUCCGAAUGAUCCGAUCACACAAUACUACCUUAAUUAUUGCCUACGCCUACUAUGUCGUGGUCUUCAAGGAUUACAACGGCUGGGCCCAUGUGUGGACCUCGCCGCGAAUGAAAAGCGUUGUGAAGCAUAUCUCAGUGAACUCGAAAAUCAGUCAGGCUGGAACCGACCGGUUAUUGUCGGUGGCGUUUGAAGACGAGACAUUGACGCUUUGGAGUGUUGAAGAUAAUGGGAAUGCCAAUAAGAAAGGAUCCUUCACCAUGGCAGUGCCCAUCGAUAAUUUAUUCUUUGUCGGAACUCAGAUGGUCGCUUUGAGUCGAAUGGGCAAAGUAGGCAUUUGGCACUCGGCGACGCAGAACUGGCAGGCGCAGGAUGUCGCGCCGAUCUCGUGCUAUGAUACUGCUGGAUCUUCUCUACUCCUUGGUUGCAACAAUGGAUCAUUGUAUUACAUUGAUAUGCAGAAAUUUCCGCUGCGAAUGAAGGACAAUGACCUAUUGGUCACCGAGUUGUACAAGGAUCCGUCUGGCGACUGCAUCACAUCGAUUUCGGUAUUCUUGACGCCUAAAACGUCAGUUUGCGGAAAUUGGAUCGAAAUCGCGUAUGGCACCGCCGGCGGCACUGUUCGCGUCAUUGUGCAGCAUCCCGAAACGGUUGGGCAUGGUCCGCAACUAUUCCAGACAUACAAUGUCCAUAAUUCGGCUGUUUCGAAAAUCGCGUUGACAACAGGACAUUUGAUAAGCGUUUGCGCUGAGUACAAUCAUGUCCGUUCAUGGAUUGUCACGAGAUUCCGCGGAAUGAUCAGCACACAGCCGGGAACCAUGAGUUUGGCAUCGUUUAAGGUGCUCACGUUGGAUUCGACUGAUGAAAGUGUUGAUAGACAGUAUACCGAUCCAGGACCGUAUGGUGAUCAGGAUUCAGAGCAAGUGUUCAUUCAGCGCAUAGUGCCAAGCUCCGAUCAAGUAUUCGUGAGAGCCGCCUCGACAGGCGAACGCAUUUGCAUUAUCAAAUCGAUCGAUGGCAAUCCGAUAUCGGCGUUUGCUGUUCACGAAUGCGACGGAGCAUCGAGAAUCGGAAAUCGGCCGAGGCGGUUCCUCUUCUGCGGAAGCACGAACGGGUCGAUCCAAAUGUGGGAUUUGACGACGGCACUGGAUCAGUUCAAUUCGAGAAACUCGCCGAACAACACCGCCGCCAAUUUGCUUCAGACGUCCAGCAACUCCUCAUCAGAGGUGAUUAAACCAUCAUUGGCGCAGACGGUCAAAGUGCCGCCGAACGUUUAUCAGGGACUCGGUGGUCCGUCGCCGCAGGAGUUUUUGAAUCUCAUUGAUGAUUGCGAGAUUUGCUGCAACUCGCUGAGCCCGACGCCGUGUUCGACGCCGAUCGCCAAAUGA